AUGGCUAAGGAUAUUGAAGAAUAUUUUAUUAAAAGGCUUUAAUCUUAUCUUUUAGAAUAUUUGUAAGAUUUUUCAUAAAACAAUAUGGCUAAAUUUUCUUUGGGUCUAUCGUCUAAUAUUGUGCUCAAGAAUUUAUGCAUCAAAAAGCAAGCAUUACUAAAUUUUAAAUUUCCAUUAUACAUAAAGGAUGGGAAAAUCAAUUAGAUUACUCUCAAUAUGCCUUUAAAUUACAAAAAACAGCAACCAGAAAUGAUAAUAGAAGGAAUUGACUUGCAUGUUUGUACUAUAUAAGAGGCCAACUAAUCUGCAUAGAACAAAGAUAGUUAGACUCAAGGAAUUGAUAAUUUGAAGAAACAUAAACUUAAAUUGUGGGAAGAACAAAUGGCAAAAUAUUUUGAAAAACUAUCUCCACCAAAUUGGAUAUAAAAAAUUGUCGAUGGAAUAUACAAUAAUUUAACAAUAACAAUUAAGUAGUUUUCUCUAAGAUUCUCUAAUCAUUCAAUAUUUGGUCAUGAAACUAUGUUGCGAGUUAAAUUUGAUGCGUAAAUAAAGGCAACGGACAAGGACUUUAAAUAAUUGUUCAAUAGUGAUGUUAAUUGUACCUAUAAGUUAAUUGAAAUCAAAAAGCUAAGCAUCUCUUAUAAAAAUGAUCCUACUUCCGUUUUGUAAAAAAAAGAUGACUAGAUGAUUCUAACUCCAAUAGAUAUUGAAAUCAAAUAUACGCUUAAUAGAAAUUAUGAAUAGCUAACUCAGCCAAUCUAAGUUAUAUCAAUUGUAGUAAAAUCUCCAAUAAUUAUUCAAUUGAAUAAAGAAUAAAAAGAAUAUUUAAUUAAAUUAAAUGAAGCACUAUCAAGUUAAGAAGUGAUUUAGGAUAAUUUUCAUUUAAGGCCAACCAAAGAUAUCAAAAAUGCAUAUUCAGAAUGGUGGAAAUAUUUUAUCAAAUCUAUAAUUCUUAAACAGAAAAGUAAAAAAUUAGACUUAGGUUAUUCAUCCAAAAAGCUUGUACUGAUGAAACGAUAUAUAGAAUUGUAUAAAAGAAAGUAAACAAUUAUUUUAGUUCCAUGGCUAUCAUCAUGGACGGCCAAAGAUGAAUAUAAAAUAGCUAAGUGCGAAGAAGAUCUAUCCUUAAAGGACUUAUUAAAAUAUAGGGAAUGGGCUUUUCAAGAAAUUCGAAUAGAAGCGAAAAGAUAUUAUAACUCAUCAAAAGAUGGAUAAAAUAAAUAGAGUGUUAAGCCAUUACUGGAAAUUUGGACUAAUACCAUAAAUAAUCAAAAUUCUUUUAAGGAUCACACUAAACGCAAUGAUGAUAUACCAAUUGAAUUGGAAGGUGAUGAAAAAAUUAGUUUGUAUGAGAUUUUAGAAAGAGAUAAAACAAAUGUCUUAUCAAGUUAUUUAAAAGGAGAAAAUAAUCAUCCUGAUUAGAUCAAAAUUUAAUUUACUUUAGAUAUACAUUCUAUUUUUAUUUUAUUAUUUGAAUUAAGGACUGCAAAUUAUGUCAAAUAUACUCCUGAAAAUACAAAGAUAUUUUAAUUUUGUCAGUGUAAAUAUCAUAUUCGUUUGUUAAAAAAGGCAGCUUAUUCUAGAAAAAAAUCAAGAUAAUCAUCCCAUAUCAAUACAUUUAAUUAAGUAUACUAAGAUGCUUAGAAAUAAAAUGAAGAGAAGUCAUUUCAUACAGCUAAAGAAGUAGACAGUUUUUAUGAAGACAUAGAAGAUUUAAAUGGAGUAGGAUCUAUGGUUUCUUAAUCCUCCAAUAGUUUAGAAAAAUGCAAUAGUACUGAUUUGAAAUAAUCAAAUGAUCAACAAUAACAUCAAAAAUUUGUGUUAAUGAUUAAUUUUAUUGGUAUUAGAGUGCCAUUAUUUAUCUAUUAAAAUGGAGCAAUUUAGACUCCAUCUAUAAAAAAAUCAAAAGAGCCUUUAGAUAAAAUUUAUAUAGGAGAUAUUAGAAUAAUUGCACCUGGGAUGUUGUUAAAAGUAAUGGAAGAAAUUGAUAAGAAAAAUAUAUAAUCCCCUUUAUUUUCUGAUAUUAAUUAAUAAACUAAUUCAUUAAGGAAUCUCACAUCGUUUUAAAUUUAGCAAUAAUAAUAGCAAUAAUAGUAAUAAUAAUAGUAAUAAUCAUAAUAAUAAUAAUAAUAAUAAUAAUAAUAAUAAUAAUAAUAAUAAUAAUAAUAAUAAUAAUAAUAAUCAUAAUCAUUAUUAUUAUCACAGUAAUAGUAAUAAUAAUAAUAAUAAUAAUUUUUAUCAUAAUCAUAAUGUUAAUAAUCAUAAAAUACUAAAAAGGAAUAAUCUGAUACUAACCAAAAAACGUCCCACAUAAAAUAUUCAGAUUUCUUUAAUGAAAUUUUUGAAAUUUCAAUUACUAAUGACUCAUAGCAAUUUCUAAAUAGUGAACUCUGCUAUCAAUUGUUGGGAGAAUUUUUAAAAUAAAAUUUGAUGGGUAAUGUUAAAUCAUUUUUUGAUGAUUAUGAAAGAGAUAAGAAUAAUUUCUAAGAUUUUACAAUGGAGUAAUUUAAAUUAUAUGAUAAAUAUUUUGAUGAUAGAUUAGAAUAAGAAGACAAUUGCUUUAUUCAUAUAUCGAAAUAGUAAUAUGUUGAAAAAAGAUGGGAAUUUAUAAGAAAUACCGCAAUAUCCUCUUUUGAAAAAGAUAAGCAAAACAAUUGGGUCUAGGGAGAGAAUAAUGAUAAAAGUGUAUUCAUAUCGGAUGCCCAUAAUAAGCUUGUAGACAUAAUCAGAAGAGUAUUAUUUAUUCCCUUUAUUGAAGAAUAUGGUGAAAUUCUUCUCCCAAUUUGUAUUUAUAAUUUAAAGGACAAAUUAACAUUUCCAAAUAUUUCUUAAUUAAAAUAAAAAGAAGUUUGCACUUUAUAAGUAUAUAUAUAUCUACAAGGGGAAUAAUCUGAAUAUAGAAUCAUUUCAAAUAGUGAUUAAAAGAAAGGAUUAUAAAAAGAAGGCACCAUUCCAAUCCAAUAGACUUAAAUUAGCGAAAUAAUGAUUUAGUUUCACCCUUUUUAAACACUGUUAUCUACAAAAACGGUUACUUCUUUAUUAGAUUUUAUUUAACAUUAGAAAUAAGAAAUAUUUAAGUCCCCUGCAUAUCAAUAAUGCAAAGAAGAUCACAAACUCCUAGAAUGCAUUGUAAAAAGCAAACCAUUAAAUAAAGAGGCUUAGAUAUAGCCCUAAUGGAAGUUUUCCUUAAGAAUGGAUGGAAAAUUAAAAGUAAAAAUAGUUUCUGAUUCAAUUUCUAGUAAGAUUAAAACAGAAAUAAAAUUUCAAUUAAAAAAUAUUCUAAUUUAAACAGUCAAUUUAGAUGAUAAAGAAUAUCAAUGUUAUUUAUAAGAAUUUAAUUAAUAACAUAAAUCUACUUUCAUUCUUUAACAAAGGUAUUACUCUAUUAAAAAGGCAGUAAUUGAACAAAUUUAGGUUGCACACAAAUACUUUUCAAUAGAUUAUAAAUAUUACAAUGAGGAGAUGAAAAAUUAUGAAAAAUAAAUGUAAGGAUAAAGGAAUGGAAGAGAAUAACUAAACUCCCCUUCUCAAAACUAAUAAAAUAAAAAUCCAAUUCGCCAAGGCUUUCCCUCACAUCAAAUUAAACAUUCGGCCACCUUAAAUUAAGAAUAAAAGAUAUCAUCAAAUUUACCCAGCUAAACGAACAUAAAAUCUUAAAGCAAAAUAUCUGGUAUUAAAUCUUAAAUUUUAAAAACUUAAUUGAUUUCUUUUUAAUUAGACUCAUUUAUAUAAAAUCACCCUUUAUUGACUGAUAGAAAACUAUAUAUAUAAUUUCCAUCAUUAGACUUAUAAAUAAAUGAUUCUUAGAUUUGCUUUAUAGAACUAUUAAUGAUAUUGAACAAGAAAUUGAAUAGAGGAUAUCAAAAGUAAUAUUCUGAUGUUAGAUAUUCAAUGAGCAAAGAUAGUUUAAUAAAGGCAGAGUUGCAAUUGUUAUUAAACGAUCAUAAAAAAUAAAAGAAGGAUUGCAAACAUUGCAUAAUAAAAUAUAGGAAGAGUCUUUAUUUAAAAAACAUAGUUUUUGGUCCAGUUCCAAAAAUUAAUAAUGAAAUUAAUUUGUUUACACUGUUUGAAUAUGAAAAUAAAUUGAUAAUUCAAAGAUAAUUAGAGAGAAUGACGAAAGAUUCUUCAAAUGAGAAAUCUUUUGCCUAAGAAUUGAAAGAAAAUACAAAAAUUCAUGGAAUUAGAAUCCAAUUUGCUAGUACACCAAAAUCCACAAAAAGUACUUGUUAUAUUACAGUUGUUGAAAUGCCAUUAUUUAUCAUCACUCACGACAAAGGAUAUUUUAAAGAUACUGUUGCUAUUCAUUGUAAGAAAACCCCAUAAGGUAGCGAUGCAUCCCAUCAAAGUAGUUUUAAUAAAUUAGAUCAUAUUCAGCAUCCAUAAUUAGAGAGGAACAAAUCUCUUAAAGAAAUAGUGCCAAAAAAAUAACUUCAGUAAUAUUCUUAAGAUGAAAUCAAUGAAAAUAAUCCUGAUAUAAACAAUAUCAUAUUCCAACCAUCUUUAUUAGUCCAAGAAUCCCAUACGUUAGGAGAUAAACUUGAUGAUAAAUUUGUAUUUUAUUGCAGAAGUAAAGAAAUUGAAAUGUUCAAUUAAGAAUUUAUACAAUAUGAUGAUAAAGAUAAAGACAAAGAGUUUAUGUAAUAAUCAGAUCAUCUUUCUUCUAAUAAUUAUUUUGAAGAUGCUAUUUAUAUGUUAUACUAUUGUCAUAUACCCUUAAGAUCUCAUUUGCUUUCUUGUGUAAUAGAUGAUUAUUUCAAGGAGAAGAAUUCAAAAACAAAAAUCUUUUUUGCAAUUGACAAUAUAAAAGCGAUCUUCAGUAAUUAGUUUGCAACUUAUAAUCUUAUCACAAUAUUAAAAAAUAUUUUAACAAUAAAAAAUGUUUAAGAGAAUGCAUUUAAUUUAACUAAUAAAGAUCUAAUUAGAUAAGAAAAAGAAAAGUUAAAAUUGAAAUAAAAUCCAUUAAAACAUCUCAAUGAUGUAAUCGUUUGUGCUCUAAUUUAGAAUAUAUAUUUGAAAUCUAAUGAAACCUUCUUUAAAUUAAGUUAAUUAAGAGCAUUUAUUUAAGUGCAUUUGAUGGGCAAAGUUAGAGGAAACUCUCUUUAAAAGAGAUCAUUUUAAAGCUUCUAUCCAGCCAUGAAUUCAAGCGUAUAAUAAUAGAAAAAUAGAUAAUCAGUCAAUUCUUAUGAUGAAGAUUAAAUAAUAAGAUGUGAUUUCAUUAAAUUUAAUUUUAACUAGGUAUCAUAAAUAGAUAUCAAAAUUAUAAAUGUAACCAAAUAAAAGGAUGAACUAAGUUUAUCAGUUGAUGAUAUUUAAAUCAGUAUUAUGGGAAGGUAAAAAGAAAAUCUAUUAGUUAUGCCAGGGAAAGAAACAGGAACUUAAAGAGCAUCAUACGCCUUGCAUAUCAAUUUAUCAUUUUAGAAUUCCUACCCUCUUGUAAAGUUACAAAUUGAAUAAGCUAAAAUCAUACUUUCUUAAUAAAAGAUUUAAGAUUUAUUGAUUGCCAUAAACAGUUUCUAUUUAAUCAAUAUUGAGGAGUCAAUAUCUUUGAAAUAACACUUAAUAAAGUAUAUUUUUUAAUAAGAACUAUUUAUUAAUGAAUAAAAAGAGAAGUCUAUUGGAAUAAAUUUAUUUGUUAAAAAUGCUAACAAUUAGAAAAAAUCAUAUAAAUAUGCUAUUGAUUUAUUAAUCGAUUCCUUAAUUAUUAAAUUAUAGGAUCAAGAGCAAGACUUUUUUUUAUUUUAAUUUCAUCAAAUACAAAUGAAGAAAAAAAACUAAACUAAUUUAGUAUUGUCAUUGUCUUAAGUUGAAAUGAAACCUCAAAAUAACAAUGAAUAAUAACUUUAUUAAAAUCUAAUAGAACCUAUUGAUAAUUAAUAGCUUUUUAUUUUUAAAUUAGAAAAUAAAAUUAUAACUCUUAAAAAUGUUAAAUUUUAUUUGAUUUCAAGAUACAUUAAAGAAUUAGAAGCUUUUAAAUAAAGAAUAGAGGAAAUCUUAGAAAAAAACUUAAAUGAAUUAAAGGACAGAUACCAAAAGGAUUUUGAUCUAUAAUUAUAAAUUAAAUAAGAAGAAGAUUUCAUUAAAGAAAAGGAUAGUUUUAAUUAUAAAAUUUCUAUAGAAAAUUCAUAAUUCAUAGUACCUUAAUCAUCGAUAGGAUCAAAUCUUAUCAUAGUAACAUUUGAUGAAGCAAACUUAGAUUUAAAAAAGCAAAAGAUAAGUUUAAAGAUGCCAGAUAUAUAAGAUGAUAUCUUAUUGGAACCAAAAGAAGAUAAUUUAUUAAUCGAUUAUAAAGAGAAAAAUUAGGGAGAUGGAGAAUUUUGUGUAAUUAAUGUAAAUGGAAAUUUUUAAAAUGUUUAAGUUAAUUAUUAAUUCUCUGAAAUAUAAGGAUGUGGAUAACUAUUAUUUGCAGAUAUAAUUCAACCAGUAAUUGAUCUACCUAGCUUUGAUUAAAAUUGUGGAUAAAUUCCUUGGAAAUUUAAGGAUGCUUGUAAAUUAAUUGUUUACAACGUUAAAAUGUCACUUGAUUUUGGCAAAUUAAUGAAAUUACAAAGUUAUCUAUAUUAGAAUUUGGAGGAAUAAUCUCCUUUGUUUAAAUUUACUCAAUCUAUGCUACAAAAAAUAAACUUUGAAAUAAAAUUAGCAGAAAGUUCUCUCUCGUUUACUAGAUAUAAUUAAGGAGAACCAGAAAAACUUAUUUAUAUUAAGGAAUAAGCCAAGGUAUAUAAAUAGAAACCGAGGUUAAGUAAAAACUUUACAAAUUAAUAAUAAUCCAAAAGAGAGUCAAUGUCAUGA